UGUUUCACUCCGGAGCCUGUUCUGGACACACAGCGCUAUACAGACGCCAUUGAAGUCGUCCUCUAUGAAUGUUAGAGCUGUUUAAUGCGCUCAGCAGGUUUGCGUUUGUCGGACGGUUUCCACGGUAAUUGAGUUACUAGCUGAUAAUUAACUGACGGUUUUAAAGAUGACGGCCAGAGGGACGCAGAGUCGCUUCCUGAGAAGUGUUCUUCAGAACGGGGUCGGUCGCUACGUCUGCCAGCUCAAACGGAUCUCUAUCAUCUUCUCCAAGAACGCACAGAGCUCGUUGGGAGUCAGGGAGUUUAUUGAAGAGGGAGCGGUGGAUUAUGCCAAGAACAACCCUGGAACUGUCGUGUAUGUGUCUCCUCAGUCCUGCAGGAUACCCAAAAUAGUUGCAGAGUACUUAAACGGCAAUGUGAGGGAAGAAACUGUCACAAGCAAAACGUCUCCGCAGAUUUCAGAGCUUCUGACCAAACUGACCAAUCAGUCCGGCCUGGACAUCAUCCGCAUCCGCAAACCCUUCCACACAGACCACCCCAGUAUCCAGGGCCAGUGGCACCCAUUCACCAACCGGCCCCCCUCUAUCGGCACCAUCAGACCACAGAAAAACAGGGACGCUGAAUGAUGACUUGAGUUAAAGUCAAACAGUUUGGAUGUUUCCACCGACUUUAAUCAAUCUUGAGAGUUUUUUUUUUUUGGAUUAGUUCAAGUGUCUGCACAGGUCAAGUAGUUCUCACGUUUGCAGCAAUUUUCCAGUGUAUUUGUUGGAUAUUUCCAGCCGAAGACCCCACUACCGACUGCACAUUUUUUGGCAUGUCCUUCUGCCUGGUGGUGGCAGCAAAGCCACUUGAGCCGUGCAGAAAAAGAGGCAGUGCCAGCUCCGAAUGCCACGCUUGAAUAGACUUCCCAUGAAUCCACCAGUGGCUUGUCAGCUGGCGUCUUAAAAAGCAGAUAACUGUUUUUAGUUGCAGAGUUAUUUGGAGAUUCCUGUGAUAAUUGCAGCGCCGAAGAGCAGAUGGAACUUUGAAUGAAAUAAAAUAGAUUUCUUUUGCGCAAA